CUCUCUAUCACACAAUUCAUAUAUAUUGGGUAUAUUUGGGUGGGGACUUUCUGUGGGUAUUUUAAUUUUUGGCCAGGGUUUACUUAUGCUUUUACUUGACUUUGUUGAAGGAAAGUCUCAUUCCAGUGGUAGAUGAAAGCAGAGAGAGAUACAAGACAGAGGUGAAGGAAUGGAUGUAUGCCAAAAUGGGGUGGACUGCAACAAAGAGCUCUGGCCAAUUGAGCAUCCUGUUGAGCCUCCGGAUGAAGAUCAACCUGUCAAAUGCCCAAUGCCACACACUUCACUUGUAAACGAGUGGUUUUCUGAUAGCAUGAGGAAGAGAACAGAUAUAUCAGCAGUGAUGAACGAAGAAGGAAUGAUGGUGGUGGCUGCAGAGCCUCCUGCUCAAGCAGUGCGCAAGAGGCACCACACAAGUACUCACGAGGAUCGUCAUACAUUAACUCCUUUAUUGAGAAUGCCACCACUCC